AUGGAACAAAAAAUUGUGUUGUUAUUUAUCAAAAUUUUAACGUUUAUACUUUUAACUUGGAUAUGUCACUUUUGCAGUGGAAUGGACAUUUUAAAGGAGAGUUUGAGUGAAAAAUACAAUUUUAGCAGACAUUUAAGCACUAGUAAUUAUCGAUUAUUAGCAAAAUAUAAGCAGAAAAAGGAUUCAAGUAUUGCAAAUUUUAAAGAAGAUAUUCCACAUAAAGAAUUGAAAGAAAAAAAAUAUAUAUCUAAUAAUAAAAAAGAAACAGAAAGAAAACACAAACAAUCUUGUAAAAGUUCAUUGUAUAUUGAGGAAUACGGCAAAAAUAUUGGAAAAAAUAAAUGUGGUUUAACUAAAACAAAAAAGUAUUUCGAUUUUGAGAAAAAAAUAUUUAAAGAACUUGAUUAUGAAGAUUAUGCUAAAAAUAUCAGGAAUAUUGACUAUAAGGUAUAUAAAAAGCUAGCACGUAAAAAACGAAGAAUACGAAUUGCUUUGCUUUAGCUUUUUAUCUUGAUAUUGAUACUACCCAUAUUAGAUCUUUCAUUAGAGAAAUUAGUAGGUGGUGGUUUAUUAGGUUUAUUACACUUGUUAUACCCAUCUCCAUCUGAAGCUCAGAUUGCUCCUGGUGUAGAUGGGCUUUUGGAUACACUGUUAAGCAAAGAAGGAUGGGGUAAUUUACAAAAAAUAUUUGCAUCAACUACAUUCAUUUAUGGUGUACCUUUCCUUAUAUUUGCUGUUAUAUUUGUGUUAGUGAUGAUAUAUUACUACAAAAAAGUUAUAAAAUAUGAAAAUAUUAAGUUCAGAAAAAGAUCGAAUAAAAAGUAA